AUGGCUGAUUCAAUCAUGAGUGUCACGUCUCAGCCUUGCACUAUAUGCGAAUUUGAGAAAUGGAAUAAAGAAACAGAAAUUGGUAAUAAAUCUGGUCAUGAACGGAUCCUCGAGAAUUAUGAAGAGGUACAGGAAUCUGCCGUAUUGGGUUGUGCUGGUUGUAUUAUUCUUCACGAGGCGUGGAUCUGGUGCAUUCCCGACAAAGAAUUACGUUCCAAGGCUUUGAUUGCUUUCAAUAUCGAUAUGUCCAAGAUGUAUUUCCAUCUCUUCACUGAUUACGUCUUUGAUGUGGAUAUCUUUACUCUCCCAGAAUCAUGCGAACGAUUACAUGAACGAUGCUCCGAAGUUACUCGGUUUACCCCUUUUCGCUUGCUUGACUUGCAGCCAGGUGCUCAAGACUGCGUUCGACUUGUUUAUGCAACUAACGUCCGCUAUGCUUGCUUAAGUCAUUGCUGGGGUAGCACUCGAUCUAAGCACUUGACAACACGUCAAAACAUAUCGGCCAAUGAGUCAGGAAUACCCCUACUUGAGUUACCCAAGACAUUUCAGGACGCCGUGUAUAUCACCAAGGCCCUUGGGAUUCGUUAUCUAUGGAUCGAUACAUUUUGUAUCACCCAGGAUGAUGAAAAGGACUGGGAGACACAGGCGUCGCUUAUGGCGGCAAUAUACGAGAAUGCCUAUAUCACUAUAGCAGCAGGGGCAAGUGACGACAAUGAUGGCGGAUUCUUCUCAGAGACUGGUAAUGAAUGGCCAGGUGGACGAUUACUCCCGUUGAUGACGCGUGCUUGGACUAUGCAAGAGCGCCUACUCGCAAAGAGAUAUUUGUGUUUUGGUCACAACGAGAUAUUUUGGGAAUGCCAGGAGGAUGUUUCCUGCAGCUGCACCAUAGCAGACGGCCCGUUCAACCCCUGUGAUGGGAAGCCCAAGUUUCGUGGAUGUGAACCAUUGAAGUAUCAAUGCUCACUGUUGAAUGAUUUGUCUUCAAGUGAACUUGGAAUGCUUUGGCGAGGCCUUGUUGAAGAAUACUCGGGAAGAGAUCUCACGAAACCAAGUGACAAGUUACCUGCUCUUGCAGGACUUGCAGAAAAGUUCCAGUCUCCCUUUCUCGCUGGCCUUUGGGAUACGAAUCUCAGAGAAGACUUGGCCUGGCACACGUCAGGAAAUGAUGCCUCGUUUGGCCGUGUACGAAAAGGUCCUUCGUGGACGUGGGCGGCAGCCUGCGAGUCUCGAAUUAGAUGGCCGCCCAUCCAGUUGCACAAAACAUUCCAAGUCAACCGGACAUCUAUACAUGGAGGAUCCCAAGGGUUCAAGCUACAUGAUUACGCCGAAGGUUCACAUUUGAGUAUUCAUGGACUUAUACAACAUGUUUCUAUUCAAAUUAAUGAUGAGACCGAUGACCUUGAAGAAGCUUGCCCUUUGCUGCGGCGAUGUCAAGUUGUUGAGUGGAUAAGGAAUAACUCUGAGCAUAGCCAACAGUUAGCCCGAGGCACUGGAACCCUUGUGGAGUCUCUGGAGCAGGAACCAAGAGACGAAGCAACAGAGGUGGACGGGAACGAGAAACAGACUAAUUAUGGGACUGUUUAUGCCGAUUAUCGUUUCUGGGAAAAAGAAGAAGAUUUACGAGAAGCACUAAAGCAUGUUUACUUCCUUUUACUGGGCACCGAAAAUGAUACCGAUCCUCUGUGGAUCGAUGGCAUGAUUCUCAAGCAACGCCGGGAUCAGGGGGAUGAGUCUGAGAGUCGGUGA